AUGCCUCCGCUGCCGAGGAACAUGGGGGCCGUCAUCCUCUCUUGGGACUUUGACGAUUACGGACAAAAAGCACGUCGUCUUGGUUCAGUCAUCAACUUAUUCCUCACGCACAUCAAAUUUGAAGACCCCCAACUUUCACGCUUGGGGAACACAACACCCCCGCUCAAACAUCUUGGAUACCAAACCAACAAGCGGCCAUACGGAGAGGACUUUGUGGUAUACGCGACUCCCCUGAUUGUCACACCUAGUAAUGCUUGUUCUUGA